GGUGGUAGUAGUAGAAGAAGCGUAGAGCGGUCAAGGCUGCGUCGUCGUCGUCGUCGUCGUCACCGGCAGCGGAGGAGGAGGAGGAGGAGAGAAGGUUCAGAGGAGGAGGAGGUAGCGAGGCACGAAGUAGCAGCAUCUCAUCUCAUCUCUCCCUGGCUGGCUGGGGGGAAAUUCGAUGGAGAGGGACUUCCUGGGCGCGAUCGGGAAGGACGAGGAGCAGCGGAGGCAUGCGGAGGAGAGGAAGGAAUCAGAUUACUUUGGAGCAGGAGGAGGAGCGGCAGCGGCGGCGAUGGAUUGGUCGUUCGCGAGCAGGGCCGCGUUGAUGUCGUUCAGGUCGUCGUCGUCGGCGGCGGCGGCGGCGGCGAGGGAGGAGACGAGGGAGCUCGCGUUCCCACACUUCUCGGCGUUAGACGGCGCCAAGAUGCAGCAGGCCUCGCACGUCCUCGCAAGACAGAAAUCGUUUGGUGCCGAGAGCCACGGCAUCCCGCAGUACGCCGCCGCCGCCGCCGUGCACGGCGCUCACCGUGGCCAGCCACCGCAUGUUCUGAAUGGGGCUAGAGUGAUUCCGGCCUCGUCGCCGUUCAACCCGAACAAUCCGAUGUUCAGGGUUCAGAGCUCGCCCAACCUCCCGAAUGCCGUCGGCGCCGGUGGUGGCGCGUUCAAGCAGCCGCCUUUCGCCAUGGGCAAUGCGGUUGCCGGAUCUACGGUCGGUGUGUACGGAACAAGGGACAUGCCGAAGGCGAAGGCGGCGCAAUUGACCAUCUUUUAUGCUGGUUCUGUAAAUGUAUUCAACAACGUCUCGCCGGAGAAGGCUCAGGAACUCAUGUUCUUAGCUAGCAGAGGAUCUCUUCCAAGUGCGCCGACUACCGUUGCUCGUAUGCCAGAGGCACAUGUCUUUCCCCCAGCAAAAGUCACUGUACCUGAGGUUUCGCCUACAAAACCGAUGAUGCUUCAGAAACCGCAGCUUGUUUCGUCUCCCGUGCCAGCCAUUUCCAAACCUAUCUCCGUUGUGUCACAAGCUACAAGUCUUCCACGGAGUGCCUCAAGCUCUAAUGUCGACUCCAACGUGACAAAAUCUUCUGGUCCAUUGGUUGUUCCUCCCACAAGUUUGCCUCCUCCGGCCCAGCCUGAGACACUAGCCACUACCACUGCUGCAGCUAUUAUGCCGAGAGCUGUCCCUCAAGCGCGGAAGGCAUCCCUUGCCCGAUUCUUGGAGAAGCGAAAGGAAAGAGUGACGACCGUGGCGCCAUACCCAUUGGCCAAGAGCCCGCUAGAGAGCAGCGACACAAUGGGGAGUGCCAAUGACAACAAGUCAUCUUGCACGGACAUUGCCCUCUCAAGCAACCGCGACGAAUCAUUGUCAUUAGGCCAGCCAAGGACCAUCAGCUUCUGCGAGGAGUCCCCCAGUACAAAGCUACAAAUCUGAUCUGGGUGAUUGCCCAGUGUCCAUAGAUUCGGCCAUUCUGAUUGAUGCAAAAGACAUAAAGAAUCUUGUGCAUUCAAGCGGGGAGGAGGGCUUGGGAAGAGGCAUAAUAUAUAGUAUGUUAUUGAUGGUGUUCUUGUUCUUGUUUAUGAUGUGUUUUCACAUGGUUAAUUCGCUUAAUGCUGGUCUAGCUGGUGCAAACCCCCCAACUAACAAGAGAGCUGCCACUUGCAGACUCUUGAGUAUUUUUUGUUGGCCUUGCGCCAUUGUAUUGCAGAAAGAAAUAUGCCAAAAUUUAGCAGUACCAAAAUUAUAGGCUUACAAAAACUGUACUAUUCUUGUUUCUUGUAUGAACUUACAAGCUGCAGAAUGCAAGAACAGAUGCUGCAUACUACUACUUUGUUCA